AAUUCGCGACCACAUUCGACGCAUAGCCAGUUGAACCAUGCGAGCGGUUGAGUCUCCUCAGUGUGCGACCACGAAAAAACAGGAUAAUAAACGAACCGAUUUUCCGAUCGUGGCCUUAGAAAUGUUGACUCAAAGAGUUCCUCAAAUUCAUUGCGACUAUCUUCAACCUCAUUCCUCGAGUUUGGAAAACAAAACAUCACCGUUGGCACUGUUGGCAGCAACAUGCAGCAGUAUUGGUCGCAAUGACACCGAUAAAGGCAAAGAAUCGAUUGUGAAGACUAUUUCUCCCAAGGCAUCUUCCAAAAUAGAAGACUCGAAAUCAUCCUUCAAGCCCUACAAGCAGGAUUUCAAAUUCUCCUCGUUACCCAAACCACAUACAGAGGGGGCGGUAACUUCGUCUACACCGACAACUCCCUACGGCUUUUCCUACUGCCACGGUCGAUUUCCACCAGGCGCUCUACCACCGCCAGAGGUGGAGAAGGAAAGACAUGGUGGCUGCAUUGGUAAUGGACAUUAUGAAGCGAAUCGUGAUAUGAAUAUGCAUUCUUUGAUGAAAUGUCAUCCUCCCGCAAAUGUUGCAUCGCAGAAAUCGUCGCCUUACGUACCCCACGAACACGAGUGUGCUCAUUGCAAUUCAGGCAGAGGUAUGCCAAUACCUCAGUCAUCAAGGGGCGCAAAUAUAUGCCCAUGCUCAUUUUGCAAUCAGUUAAGGCCCUCAGCAGAUGGCACAGCUUUGAAACAAAGUCCACAACAUUGUCAAAUGCAGUCAUUGCAUCAAAUGUACCCACAUCUGAAGAAUCCAAGCAGCAUGAUCUGCAGAGAUCCACACUGCCAGAACUGCACAAUCAAGUACCCACAAAGCCCGUCAGUUGGGCUACAGAAUUACAUCCACCCUGCCCUUGUCCACCAGUGUACGCAUUCGAACAAGUCUUCAGGUUUGCCGACUAAUGGCUCGCCGAACGUCCUUCCAUCUGAUAUUUUCAUGAAGCCAAAGCCGCCAAUCUCUGCUUCGCACCCAUUUAUAUGUAACUGGGUAUCUGACAGUAAACACUGUGGAAAAAGCUUCAUUAGCUCGGAGGAAUUACUUCAGCAUUUAAGGACUCAUACGUCAUUGGCACAUUCGCAGAGCCGAUCUCCUUGUGACACGCACGAUUCUGGUCCCAGUCAAGUGGGGCAAGCAGUGUGUAACAUUCAUGGUUGCCCUUGCCGGUUAGGAAAGAAUCCUGGAAGACAGUCCACUUUACCAUCUGUGUAUGGACCGUACCCAUCGAACAGCAGUGCGUCUAUUCGUUAUCAUCCCUAUAAUGGGCUUGGUGCUAAAUUCGGGGGAAUCAGUGGCCCAGAAGGUGCUUAUUCGUCAUAUUUGCCACAUGGAAUGAUUCAUUACUAGGCCAGGCCUAGCAUGCGGAGGUGUCUGGACAUUCGCAAACAUUGUCGCCCUCAAAGGCAGUCUUGUAAUUCAGUAUACCAAAUGAGCGUCCUGUUGGACUUUAAAAUUCAUCUUUUUAGGUGCAAGGGUUAUAAACCUUAGGUUAUUGAUUGUAACACAAAACCAAUAAUAAAAACAUACCUAGAAUUUUUGCAAAGUUUAUUUUCACUUUUGUUAAACUGUUUUAUGAUACUCGCUGGCCAAUGGGAGAUCAAAAGUUAUUCUUAAUUUCUGCUCUCGGUAAGAAAGAGGCCUUAAAGAAAACUGUAUGUACAUGAUUCGGUUAUUCUAGUUAUAAAGAAAAGAUGAUGCAAAGUUUCUGUUAAUCUGCCCGAACAAAUAAGUAGUUAUAUUGCACAUCCGAUCAAAAUACUUAAACUUCAAAUGAGUCAUACUGCUCUUUAUGCAUACAAUCAACAUUCACAAGUACUUUGGGUUAUUCUGGUUGGCAAAUUUUCCCAAUUUAUAAAGUUAUAAAAUAAAUUAACAUUUCUUAUUAGUGAAAGAAAACACGUUUUAUUGCUUCAAGAUUUGCCUGUGCAUUUUUGUGCACAGAAACACUUGUUAUACAACACCAGUGUGGUUUAGAGUGAUGUUAUUAAGAGUGACUGUCAGUCUUAGAUCUUUGGCAACAUAAGCUCAAGUAGUCCCAUGACGUAAUAACUUUGUUUGCUACUUUCAGUAUGAGCUUGAAAACCGUUGACUUAUAAAUGCCUUUAAAUUGUAGUAUAUAAUUAAUCUGUAUUAUAGUAGAAAUAUGUGUUUUAAACUAAGAACGAGACGAAUGUAAACAAGUUUGACAUGAUUUACCCAAGAAAUGUCGUCAGAAUAAUAAAA